GACAGAGAGACAGAUUAGGGAGAAUUAAGCCAAAAGAGAGGUUGAAAAAUGAUGAAGUUGAGGUCAAAGAAGUUUUACAGAAGCAGCUCAAAGCUCAGUGGAGGCGGUAGUAGUAAUGGCAACAGCAACAGCAACAUGAAAUUAGGAGGUGAAAAAGCUGGGUCUGAAGGCUUAGGGGAAAUCAAGUGGGAACUCCGACCUGGUGGCAUGCUUGUCCAAAUGAGAGACAUGACUGGUGAGAGUGUGGGAGAAGGGAUGAUCACAGUUAAGGUCUCAACUGUCUCAAAAUGGCAUGACAUUUCCAUUGAAGCCACUUCGAAUUUUGGAGAGUUGAAGAUGAUAUUGUCAUUGGUGACUGGUUUGGAGACGAGGGAGCAGAGGCUACUGUUCAAAGGGAAAGAGAGAGAGGAUGGUGAAUAUUUACACAUGGUUGGGGUAAGAGACAAGGACAAGGUGCUGUUGCUGGAAGAUCCAGGUACCAAGGAGAGGAAACUACUCUAUGGCUUGGCGGGGGGCCCAGCCAUUGGAACUCCCUGCAGUUGUACCAUUAGUGUAUGAAAAUUAAAAUGAUUUUUCAUUAGUACUAACCCUAAAACCAAUAAAAUUGCAAAAAUUAUGCACAUCGAUCUUCUCAUGUGCAAGUUGCAAAUGGCUUACUAUGUUUAUAGAAAUGUUGAUUUCUGGAGUUAUA